CCCACUUAUAAGAAGUUAAAAUAAAUUUCUAUAUUAACUAGUACUAAAUUAAAGAUGUUAGGUUAUGUAUCAUUUGUGUUUACAAACAUUUAAAAUUUAACCCUUUUUAAUAAUUAAACCAAAGACAAUGGGCAAAUUAUUUUUAUUUAUUUUUUCGAAUGUAAAAAAUAAGUAAUAAGACACGAGAGUCACAAAUUUAUAAUUAUGUCACUGUGUUAUUUACCUAAAAAAUACAAAAAUAAACCACAAAAGUACAUUUUAUAACAGAACAAUGAAUUUUUACGAAAAUCUACCGAAUGUCACAGAAAUCCGGCUUGAAAAGCUAGAAGAAAUAUGUUCAGAACGUCUAGAAUUGUACGCGGUUUUACGAAAUGCUUCUGUACGCUUCCCUCCCUUUUCCAAAGGUUGGAAUCGCAACAUACAUCGAGAAAUAACCAGGAAAAACCUACGCACUUACAAAAAAAUACUAUUGGAAAAAGAAAACGAAGAAGAAUCAAAUGAAAAUGAUACUAUUUCUCAUCUUACACUUUCUUUUGCUUAUAGCAAAUCAAAUGAGUUGCGGAACUUUUUUGUGCAGAGAGAAUUAGAAUUAAUUCGUUGGCGUUUUACAAACCUGGAAAAAACAGAACGAAAACUACUUGUCAACAAUCACGCAAUUUUUAAGGAUAUAGAGGAACAAGACUGGUUGGUAACUUUGACUUUUGGCGAGGAUUUGAGGUUCUGUACGAGCGCCAGAUCUGAUGAAAUAUACAGUACUGAUCACUCGUUUUAUACGGCGCACUUUAAUAAAGUUCCUGGUAUUGUGGCGAACCGAAAAUGUUAUUUGAGAAGAGGAAAGACUGUGUUUUCCGAACGAGAUUUGGUUUAUGUGCUUCUACAUUUUAUGGAGCAGGACUUUCAUAAAACGUUACAAAGUGCUGGGAAACUUUUGCCACAAAUUAGAAGGACAAUAAGAGAUUUAAUAAACAAUUUAUGUUUAGUAAAAGAACUAAGAUCUGAAACUGCCAUACAAAACAUUGAGAUAACAGAUUCAAACAUUGAAAAAAUAUCAAAGAAACAUUUUCCGUUAUGCAUGAAAAAUAUACUGAAUCACUUAAUUUCUAACAAUCAUUUAUACUAUGAUAUGAAACUACAGUACUGCAAGUUUCUAAAAUUCAUAGGAAUGUCCUCAGAUGAAGCUUUAACUCACUUUCGUCGUUACUACACGUUAAAAUAUCCUGAAGAAAUAUACGCAAAAAGACAUGAAUAUUUAUUUAAACAUGUGUACCAAUUGGUUGGUUUUCACAAUCAAUACUCACCCAGUGUUUGUGACGAAAUAAUUAACAGUACGGUCGGUCCUAGGAACAAUCACGGCUGUCCUUUUAAGCAUUUCGAUGGAGAGAAACUUCGACAAACGUUACGAAAUGAAGGAGUCAAUUUUUCAGGAAUUGACGAGAUAUUAAAUUUAAAAGCGCAAGGAAAAUAUAAAGUCGCUUGUAUGAAAUUCUACGAUCAAUUUAAUCGGAAAGAUAAGGUUUUUCCUGUGAACGAUCCACAAUCGUAUUUCUUCGAGAGCUCCAACUGCUGUGAUACAGAACUUGUUGACAUUGAAGAUAUUUUUUUAUAAAUAUUUUAUUUUUGUUUACAUAUGUGAAUUAAAUUUUUUUAAUUUUAAAAAUCUGUCGAUAAAACAGG